AUGCCAUUAACAUUUCUCAGUCACAAGGGAUUAAAAGGCUUGGACCCGGGGCAGAUGCUGGGAGAGCCCUCGGCAGAGCAGUUCACCGCCCGCCGCAGCCUGGGCUGCAGCUGCGAGGGAUUGACACCGCUGACGGUGGAACCCGGCUCGGGAGAAACUCCGGGCACAGUUCCGCUCUGGCCCGGCCCGUGCAGCCCGGCGAGCACCGGCGCUCCCCCAGCCCGCUGUCAGACAUGUCAGACACAGGCAAAGGCCACGGAGCCGCUGCUGCCGGGCCCUGGCUCGCAGGGACGGCGCCACCAGCGCUGGGAAGGGCUGCCCGGCCCGGGCCCGACCUCUCCCGACCUGGGAGCUUCACCCAGCAGGACAUCGUGUGUCCCCGGGGGAAGCCAGAGGUGGCAGGAACCCCCCCCGCCCAGCCGGCAGCGCCCGGCGUCCUGGCGGGGUGCUGGCGAGGAGGAAGAGUCGCUGCAGCCGGGAAGUCACCGGGGGGGAGACGACCGCAGCCCAGCGACGCCCCCUGAGCCCCGACAGCCAUCGCCGACAGCUCCGGCCCCACGGGGCCGGGGCGGGGACGCGACGCUCGACCCCGCCCGGGGAGCGGAAGGCGGGGGGAGGCCGAAGGGAGGGGGACAGCCUCCACCCCGGGGAAGCGGGAGGGGGGGAAAGGGAAGGGGCCGGAGCUGCCCCGCAGAGCCGGAGGGGGCCGGGGCGGGGGCCGGGGCCGGUCACUCACCGCCCGCCGCCGCUCGCAUCCGGCACCUGCGGCCGCCCCGCUCCCGACAGCGCCCCGCGCCCGCCGCCGCCAGGCGCCGCCAGCCGCCAGCCGAGCACAUCGAGCGAGCGCCGAGCCACCGAUGCGGGCGGGAGGGGCCGCCGCGCCCAAGGCGCGCCCCUUCGGGAGCCACGCCCCUCACAGGGAGACCCCGCCCCUCACAGGGAGACCCCGCCCCUCACAUGGAGACCCCGCCCCUCACAGGGAGACCCCGCCCCUUGCCCGCCUCCCUCCCUCCCAAGGCUGAACCGGGGGCCCUGAAGGCCUUCAGGGUGUUGGUUCUGCCGUGGGUGAGGAGCAAAACAAAAAAUACAAACUUAAUUAUGACAGUCUUGACUACGGCAAGGAAAACAAUGAUAGGACCCGACGGAGCGGCCUGA